AUGCUCGGCUUGCGUCUUGCGGUGAAUAUGUCGUGGUUCUCAAACCAGUGGAACCGCUGGAACCACGGCGACCAUGGUGGACCGGGUGAUGUAGCAUGGGUGGAAGUCCAGUACGGGCGCCAGAUGUAUCAGGUGAGGCUGCCCCAGGAGAGUCCCCGUAUUCUUCUCGGUGCACUCCGCCAAGAGGUGGGCGCUGUGUUUGGUGUGCCUGUAGACCGCGUCAAACUCACAUUCCAUGGGAUAGUGCUUAAGGACGAUCGAAUUUCCCUGCUUGAGUACGGUCUGAGUAAUGGGUCGCGUAUCGUGCUCACUGUGGUGGAGCCGCAGCGCGCGCCUGCAAAGAAGAACAAUAGGCAGGCGCCAGAGGUUGUUGCCGUGCCGCAACCGGGCGAAGGCACACAAGGCGCUCCGCAGUGGGCUCCGCAGGGCGUGCCGCAGGGCGUGCCGCAGGCGCCCCAGGCGCCCACCCAGGCGCAGGAGCCUUUGCAGCCCCAACGGAACCCCGAAGAAGAGCAUCUGAAAGCGAUCAGAGCGGUGCUUUGGCACUGCAAUCAGGUCAUUUACCCCGAGUUGCUGCAGUUUGAAAAAAGCAUCGACGCGCUCCCCAAUGCGCGUCCCGGCGAGCAAACGGCAGAGCCGAAAGACGUAAACAUGAUACCGCCUGCACGGAUCCCAUACGCACAUCGCAAGCUUGGCGAGUACCUUUUGCGUGAACUGUUCAAGCUGGACGACAUCCCAUCGGACACGGACCAAGUCCGCACCGAGCGGAAACAAACGGUGCGGCAGAUCCAGAACUACAUGGACCGCGUCGAUGCGGGCUGGUCGACGGCCUCAAAGAGCAAAGGCAUCGUAAAUGAUAUUUAA